GUUUCCUCCCCUAUUCCCCCUUUCCUCUUCAAAUAGACCUUUUCUCUUAUACACAUUAGUGGUGAUGAGCAGUGAUGGUGGUUGGUUUCCAAUCUAUGUGGUGCGUCGGGGUUGUGUUCCCAGCAUGUAUAGAUCAUGGCAGGAGUGUGACCAACAAGUGAAAAGUUACCAGAACAGUGAACAUCGUGGCUUUUGUGAUUUGUCGGAGGCUCUUGCUUGGUUGCGCAGCACCAUAGCUCCUCCCGCCCGUCAGCCAACACGACCUGUUCAACCGGUAAGAAGAAAAUCGUCAAGAUUGUUAGAAGGGGCCUUCUGUUCUAUCCCUUCCUCUCAACAAGUAUCUUCGAGAGCAAUGGUAGCCGGCAGCCGGCACUGUGGUGGUGGCGAUAAUUCCGGUCAACAGGGAGGUUAUGCUAUGCGUGAUUACAAUUAUCGCGUUCUUGGACGUGUCACGGAGCAGUUGAAUCAAGUCAACACGGAGGAAGUUGACAGAUUGAAUGAACGAAUUUGUUCAUUGGAGCUUGAAAAUAAGGAUCUUAGGGGACAAGUUGAACUGUUUGGGGAAAUGCUAGACAAAUAGACUGCUUAGAUCUUGCUAGCGUUGGGUUGUAAGUGGUUAUGCUGCUAGUGUUUUGGUUAGGGUUUAGGUUAAAAAGAAACUUUAUAUGUAUCCUAAUGUAAUACAGCUUUUCUGGGGAGU